ACAGGGGUGUUGGCUAUAAAAUCCCUGAGGAUGAGCUGGUCAACCAGCAGUCCCUGAGGGGAGGAGCAUGGCCCUGCAUGUGAAGUUUCUAUUGCUCUGGGUCUGUUGGCUUCACAGUGUGAUUGGUCCUGAAUAUGAAGAUGAUGAUCUACCAGCUGCAGAAACUAUAACUCACCUCCCAGAAAUCAAAGAUGGCAAGUGUUUCUUUCCAUUCUACUACAGAAAUGAAGUGUUCUAUGACUGCAUGAAGUUAAAGACAAAACACAAGUGGUGCUCCCUAAAUGAGACUUACCAAGGAUAUUGGAAAUAUUGCUCUGAAGAAGACUUUGCAAAGUGUGUGUUUCCCUUCUGGUACAGACACAUGAUCUACCGGGAGUGUACUGAAGAUGGGGACGCAUUUGGGAAAAAAUGGUGUUCGCUGACCCAGCAUUAUAACAAGGACAAGAUUUGGAAAUAUUGUGACUGAUGGUGAGGUUUUCUGGGAGGGGCAUGUAAAGAUCUAAUUGUUCUCAUGGGAAAUUCAGUUUCUUUUGUGAAGUAAUCUCCAGUUUCUUUUAUGAAAGGAGAAAGUAGGAACCCUCUUUAUAAGGUUUUAUUUUCUGAGAUAUGAGUUGAAGAUGAUUUGGCUGAAAAUAACUGGGUUUUGGCCAUUGAUUAUGGAUGAUGAGGUUUUGAUAUGGAAACCUAUAUUCUAGCCUCAGCACUUAUACCUGCUAACUGGGUAAAAUUAGGCCCUUAAAAAAAAAUUCUAUGGACUUUGGGUGAUAAUGAGGUGUCAGUAUAGGUCCUUUGAUUAUAUCCAAUGUCCCACUCUGUUAGGGGGCGGUGUUGGUUUGAGCAGGAGGCUCAACCUGUGUGGUACCUGUGUGGGGGUGGAGGCAUUUAGGAACUCUCUGUGUCUUCUGCUCAAUUUUGCUAUAACCUAAAACUGCUCUAAAAAAGUAAAGUCUAUUAAAAAUGCAUUACCUUAA